AUGUCUGUAAAAGUCGAGGGACCUGCUCCUGUGGAGAAGCUUGCACUUGCUGUGCCGAUGGUUCCUGCAAAAGCAAAGGAGGGUGCUCCUGUGGAGAAAGUUGCAAAUGCUGUGCUGACGGAACUUGCAAGUCCGGAAAAUGCUCUUGUGGAGAAGGUUGCAAAUGUUGCGCCAAAGGAUCUUGCAAAAGCAAAGGUAGUUGCUCAUGUGGGGAAAACUGCAGAUGCUGUGCUGACCGAACUUGCAAGGCAGCAGGAAGUUGCUCAUGUGGAAAAGAUUGCAAGUGUUGUGCCGAUGGAUCCUGCCAAAGCAAAGAUGGCUGCUCCUGCGGAGAAAGCUGUAAAUGCUGUUCCGAUGGAACCUGCAAGGCUGCAGGAAGUUGCUCAUGUGGAAAAGAUUGCAAGUGUUGUGCUGAUGGAUCCUGCCAAAGCAAAGAUGGCUGCUCCUGCGGAGAAAGCUGCAAAUGCUGUUCUGAUGGAACUUGCAAGGCUGUAGGAAGUUG